CUGCACAAUAAAUACAACUUGACAUGCAUAAGAUCAACAACUUCACAAUGUAUACUAAAUCAGGAAUCCAGGCUCAACUACUAACCGUCGCGAUUCGGUGUUAGAAACACCGACAACGCUGACCGACGAGCCUCUGCUAGUCUAUCCCUUUCUCUUUUCUUCCCCAAGUCAGUCCCUCUGUGGUAGUUAGAAAAGCGAAAACAGAAACAGAGAGGACAACCACCUUUCCAUAAAACAUUCAAGAAAUUUCCCAAUGAAAGAAACAAAGGGCAGAAGAAGGAGGAGGAAACAGAAUCGUUCAGAUCGUGGACGACUAUUCAGAUCGCCAUGAAGGAUCAAAGAAAACGAAGCGCCCUACUUGUUGUAGCCUUGAACAGGGUACUCCGUCGCAUGGUCGCUCUUGUUUUCUUCUUCGUUUUGGCUUUCUGCACUCUACGUCUUUUAUUAAGAGGAACUUUUCGUCCACAACUGGUCUCCUCAUGGCCAACUCCAUUGCUAAAAUCCAUCAAUGACGACUGGAGAGUCGCCAUUGUGCAAGAAACAGUCCUAUUUCCAGACCAGGCUCUGAUUUUCCUAAAAUACCCUCGAGCAACCCCUUUAUUCUCCAAAGAUGACAUCGGAUGUGUUUACUUCUCCCCCAACUCAUCCCAACCUCACCUAAAUCUCCAACCGGAUUCCAUCGAUGGUGAAGAUCUCGACCUCCAGAUCGUUCGUUGCCCGCUUCAGCCACGUGGCAUCACCGCCUCCGUUGGUAUAAAUUACAAUGGCCAUCUCCUCGCAAUUGGGCCCACUUACCGUUGGGAUUCGUUAGCGUAUGAUGCCCUGAUCGACAACGAUAACACCACUAUUGUUUUCGUUAAAGGGCUGAAUCUACGGCCCCAAAGAGUCACGGACCCAUCUCGAUUCAAAUGCGUGUACGGUAGGGAUUUCAACAGGUCCAAGCUUUUGCUACUAGCAGAGGUCAUAUCGAUCGGUCAAGAGAUCGUACGGUGCAAGACCCCUCUGAGUAUAUUGAGUGGCUCACUGCAAAAUGUAAAUUCCGCAAUUAAGGUUUCGGUUAGAGGUGUCGGUAAACCCAUAAUGAGUUCGAUAGCCCGACCCGAUCAUCGAUUGGAUCCUAACCCAUCCUCCCGGAAGAAACACCAAAUGUGUGUGUGCACAAUGUUGCGAAAUCAAGCCCGGUUCAUGCGGGAAUGGGUUGUGUACCAUGCCCGUAUUGGAGUUCAGAGUUGGUUCAUUUACGACAACAAUAGCGAUGAUGACAUUAGUAGUUUAAUUGAGUCGUUAGACGAUGAGAAUUUCAAUAUAACCCGACACGUGUGGCCUUGGAUCAAGAGCCAAGAGGCCGGGUUCGCCCAUUGUGCGUUACGGGCCAGGAAUUCAUGUGAGUGGAUCGGGUUUAUUGAUGUUGAUGAGUUCUUACAUUUUCCUUUAGGCUUGACAUUGCAUGAUGUUAUCGGGAAUUCGACUAGUAAUGUGGGUGAGUUGCGGGUCAAGUGCCAUAGUUUCGGCCCAUCAGGCCUCAAACGGGUGCCCGCGGUAGGGGUAACGCAAGGGUACACGUGUAGGAUGGCUGCCGCGGAGAGGCACAAGAGUAUUGUGAGGCCAGAAGCACUGAAUUCCACCCUAAUCAAUUCGGUGCACCAUUUUCACUUGACCAGCGGUUUUGAGGUUGUGAAUGUGAAGAGAAAUGUGUUGGUGAUUAAUCACUACAAGUACCAAGUGUGGGAAGUGUUCAAGGAGAAGUUUUAUAGGAGGGUAGCUACUUAUGUGGCGGAUUGGCUAGAAGAUGAAAAUGUAGGGUCUAAGGAUCGAACCCCGGGUUUGGGGAUCAUACCAAUCGAACCUCCAGAUUGGUCUACACGGUUUUGUGAGGUAGUCGAUAUAGGUCUUAGGGAUCGGGUGGUUGAGAUUUUUAGUGAUCCAAAAACUCAGAUGUUGCCAUGGCAUUCUGAAGUGUAAGAA